AUGGAUCUUCAUCAGCCACCCAAAAAAUUUCGUCAGUCCUUCUUCCCUGGAAAAGACUUAAAGAAGCUUCUAGAACUUCCAGUUCAAAAGCGCAAGGCUCCCCUAUUACUAAACUUUAUUCCGACAUACAAAUCCACAUUACCCAACGUUCCAAAGAAAAAGAAGAAGAGCCUUUCUCCACCUACCGCUACAACUUUAACCGCUUCUACAUCCCGAACAGAUCAAGAGUCCACAUCUGACCCUAUCAAUCAACCAUCCACUUCGGCCCCAUUCUUGAUCCCGAUACCAGAAAGAAAAUGCCGGCGACGCCUUAUCAAAACUGCCGAAAUGGGUCGUGCAAAGCCAAUUGCCCAAAAUCUCCUUGCCGACUUUCCGACUGAUGUUGACGCUGUACCAUCCCAACCAAUGCCCCCACCGAAGCCAAAAAGAAUCAAGAAGGCCCAGCCUAAGGCCAGGGCUGUUAAGGCUGGAGAUAGUUUGCCUAUCUCAAAAUUGGCUGAGAGUAAGAAGACUGCUUCUACUUCUGCUUCUGCGAAAAGGUCUGCCGAGACCCAGCCCUCCGAAUCUACCCAAUCAAAGAAGUCGAGGUCCUCCUCUGCAACGUCUUCAAAAUCCAAGGUGCCAAACGUCCCUUGGACGUCCGAGAUUACCCUGGAGGACAGGCCGGUCAUGGCUACUGACAGCGCCGACGACAUUAAUGUCGGCGUUGCCCUUAGUACAACUCUUCUUCUCCCAGGUGAUUUGGAAAAGAAUGCUGGAAUGAGUGAGUAUGAAAAUUAUGCUUUCAUGCUUCAACACUGUGUUCAAGCUGUUCAGCAUGCCCACUCCUUUUCCAUGCAAUCUUUUGAAAACAGGGAGAAGUUAUCUGACUUGCAGAAGGAGUUUUCUGCACUCCAGAAGAUCAACAAGGGUCUUCAAGCAAAAAUGAAGAAAUUGGAAGACCAGGCCGAGGCUGCCACUAAAGCCCAAACUUUGGCUGAAGAAAAGGCCGAGGCUGCUGAAGCUAUAAAGAAAGUUGCCGAAGCGCAGAAAAAUGAAGCCGAUGACAAGGCCACCCAAGCCGAGAAGGAGUUUCAGGAGGCCUUGGCCACAAAAAAGGCUGAAAUCAAAGAAGCUGAUGAAAAGGCUUAUGCGCAGGGCAUGGCCGACGUCGCUGAGGAGUACAAGCUUCAAGUCAGGGAAGCAUGCAACAGGGGAUUUUCCCUUGGUUGGAUGUCUCUGUUAAAAAGACUUGACCUCCCUGCUGACUCGCCUUUUCGUAAUGUCGAUGCUAUUCCUCUCCCAUUUCCACCAAGCCAAGCCGAAGAAGAAUCUAGGUCGGAGCCUGAAGAUGGAGAUGAUCAGAAUGCUGAGGCUUUGGUGAAGAAACCCAAGGGUGAUGCUGGGGUCAAGUCUCCUUCUCAAAUUGAGCCCAUCCUGGACUUAACUUUGGAUGAAGAGGGUGAUGAGGUCGGGGAGGCGCCUAAGGAAGCUGUUACGGGGGUAUUAUCGUCCAACCUCCUAUUAGCUGAAAGGAGUCUUGACAAAAUGCUGGCAGAGAUUGAUGCCGAGCUGGCAGCAGAGAAGGCCGCUGAAGUAGUUCCACAGGAAUCUGCCGAGGUUCAGACUCAAAUUGCUUCUGAAGCAGAAGAAUCAUAA